AUGUCUUCUCCAAGCGCAGGCAAGCGCCGUAUGGACACAGAUGUCAUAAAGCUAAUUGAAAGCAAACACGAAGUCACAAUUCUCGGCGGCUUAAACGAGUUUUGCGUAAAAUUUUUCGGUCCACAAGGUACACCAUAUGAAGGCGGUGUUUGGAAAGUGCGUGUUCAUCUGCCGGAGCAUUAUCCAUUUAAAUCACCUAGCAUCGGAUUUAUCAACAAAAUCUAUCAUCCAAAUAUUGACGAAGUAUCAGGCACAGUUUGCCUCGAUGUGAUAAAUCAGGCAUGGACGGCAUUGUAUGAUCUAUCGAACAUAUUUGAGUCUUUUUUGCCUCAGCUACUCACUUACCCAAAUCCAGUAGAUCCUCUCAAUGGCGAUGCAGCUGCCAUGUAUCUACACAAACCGGAAGAGUAUCGUAAGAAAGUAGCUGAUUAUGUUCGUAGAUAUGCCACAGAGGAAGCACUCCGAGAACAAGAACCAGCCGAGAGUUCUGAUAGUGAAAGUAGCAUGUCGGAUUUCAGCGAAGACGAGGCACAGGAUAUGGAAUUAUAA